AUGAAUGCAACCAACGGGCUUUAUAUUGAGCAGCAUCCUUGUGACACCUACCUUGUCGGUUUCUGCCAAAGGCGCGAGGGUGGGUGGAACAAGAGCAAGCUUCGACUGGACUCUUGCCUUGGCGAUAAUGGCGGCCGCUUCGAGUGGGGAGGAACUGAGUUUACCGAGCAGGCAUCGAACAUCAAAUUCAAUCCCGAAGAAGGUGCUGGCCGUAAUCCUAUUCUGCGAGCUGAUCUUCGCGACUCGGCUGGCAACUACCUCCGUAACAGGGAUGUGAACCUGGCGGAGAGGAUCAACAACUAUGAUGGGGAUCUCCAGUUUCAUUGGUAA